GCGCGCUAGACUUGCGGAAAGGAGAGGGGGCGCCUCUUCCAGGGCUCGACGGAGAGGGCUGGCAGAUGUCCCAGGCGAGAGAGCCUCUUCCCUCGGGGCCUGGUGGGCCGGAGCGCGCUGCUUCGGCGGAAAGCAGCUGGUUGACUUCGCUCCCCCGCGAAAACAAGGAUGAAGACAAAACAGCUGUAGAAGAGAUAAGGAUACCAGAACAUUCAUAUAAUCAAAAUAUACAAGUAGAUAUACAAGACCAGCCGGUCUGGGGAAAUUGCAGUGAUGGUGAUCUCAUCAAAACACAACCUCAGCGUUUGCCUCAGCCAAAUGCCUUGCCACUUGACAAGUCUACGGAAGGAACCAGCAAAAAACAAAAUGGUCCCAGAAGUCUGAAUAGUGGCAGCGGAUUUUACAGUGGAGUCAAAGUUGAUGUGCCGGAUAACAGAACAUUUUCUGCACCUGUUUCCCAAAAAAUACACAGAAAAAUUCAGUCCAACCUGUCCGUCAACACUGAAAGCAAUAAGAAAAGCUCUGCUUAUUCUCAUAAACCUGGUUCUUUACCUAAAGAUUGCUGCGUACACUGUAUUUUGGCCUGCUUGUUCUGUGAAUUCGUCACCCUCUGUAGCCUCGUCUUGGAGCAAACAUCGUGCGGAGUCUGCCCAGGAGGGGCCUGCUGCUGUGGGGAAGAAAUGGGAGACGACUGCAACUGCCCGUGUGACAUGGACUGUGGCAUUAUGGAUGCCUGUUGUGAAUCAGCAGACUGUUUGGAAAUCUGUAUGGAAUGUUGUGGGAUUUGUUUCCCAUCAUAAGUUUCUAUUUCUCCUUGUCUUUUUGUUGAUAUUUUGAAAAACUAGAGAGGGUUCUUAUGUGAAUAUCUUAGAAAUAUCUUCUCUAUUUCUAAGAUAUUCUUUCAAAAGGCACUAUUAAAUGUUCUCACAGCAACUACUUCUGCGUACUGGUAAUGUCAUUGAAAAGCAUUUUUGAAUAGUAGGCCAUAAGAAUAAAUGCAGGACAAAUCAUUUCACACAAAUGAAACAAUUUGAUGGUUGUGCCUGGAAAAAGACAGGAGGGCUAAAUCCUUUAAACCUUUUUGUUGUUAUUUUACCUUCAUUCUCAGAGCUGGACAAUGAAACCAAAGCAUUGCAAAAACUUAUUUCAGUGAAUCUUGGUUAAAGAAAUUUGUAAUAACCUGUUGUCAGAUGAAUGCAUUUUGCUAGAAUUACUAAAUAUAUUUUCUGUUAACUGGAAUGUGAACUGCUUUAUCUGACCUACUCAUAUAUAUUAUUAAAGUCUGAAGAGUAAUCUUGUUCAUGUUUUAUAGUAGUUUUGUUCACGUCUAUUCUAAGUAAUGAUUGCAAUCUUAAAGUAAUAUUUACUUCUGUAAUUUUUGUAUACCAUAUGUAAUAUUGUAAAGAGGGUUGGUUCUUCCUUCCUCUCCCCAUCUUGAGGGUAAGUAGGUUAUUGCCUGGUAAUUUCAUUGAAGUCAAUAAAUUUGAGUGAAUAAUAAAAAAAUGGGGGAUUAUUUUGAUUAUCUUGAAAGAUAAUAAGGCUAGCUGUACAAGAAAUGCUUUCCCAUGGAAAGAAUAAAAAAGGUUUAAGUAGAGUUGAAAAACUUCAAAUACGGUAUGAAAUCAUUAUGCAAGAGAUUU